GCCGUCGAGUGCAAUAUUUUUCGCGUCGUCCCUAAUUAAAACAAACCUUCUUGCAAAACCCCGGUCGGUAGUGUGUGCCUAAAAUGUUUAAAAACACGUUUCAAUCUGGGUUCCUGUCGAUACUGUACAGUAUCGGCAGCAAGCCACUGCAAAUUUGGGACAAAAAAGUCCGCAAUGGGCACAUCAAGCGCAUCACGGAUCAGGACAUUCAGUCGUUGGUGCUGGAAAUUAUCGGUACAAACGUGAGCACAACGUACAUCACCUGCCCGGCAGACCCGAAAAAGACGCUCGGUAUCAAACUGCCGUUCCUGGUGAUGAUCAUUAAGAACCUGAAGAAAUACUUCACAUUCGAAGUACAGGUCCUGGACGACAAAAAUGUACGCCGGCGGUUUCGUGCCAGCAACUACCAAUCGACCACGCGUGUGAAACCAUUCAUCUGCACAAUGCCGAUGCGGCUAGACGAGGGCUGGAACCAGAUUCAGUUCAAUCUGUCCGAUUUCACACGCCGAGCGUACGGUACCAACUACGUGGAAACGUUGCGCGUGCAGAUUCACGCCAAUUGUCGAAUAAGGCGCGUGUACUUCUCCGACCGGCUGUACUCGGAGGAUGAACUGCCGGCCGAGUUCAAGCUGUUCCUGCCAAUUCAGAAGCCCCAGUCGAAAGCCAUCGCACAGCAGGCAUGCUAACGGCGUCCCCGUCCAUCAUGUUCAACAUCGAAACACCGCCACAAAUUGCACACAACAUAAUUUAUAAGCUUCACUGGAGUGUGUUUUCGGUAGACAACAUUGCAAACGCUGUCGUAAUUUAACAUUAAUUAAUUGCACAAUGCAUUAGACGUUACAUAAAAGGUGUGUGUGUUCAGUAUCAUUUGCAUCAUCCCUAUCCUAUUAUGCUACUAGGUAAAGAAUUUGUAAAGAAAAUAAUUUCUGGCAUUAAAACAUCUAAACGGUGGAACCUAACACAAAAGUGCUCUUAAACAUGUCUCAGAUAACCCUCCCAUCCUAGCUCUACCUUAUUGGUGCACAUGCGGGAUGGGGACAAAGGGUCAGAGAGGUCGCCUUAGAGGUCGAUCAUAUAAAAAAAAAAACAUGUCUCAGAUUAGCUGAAAAAAGAAUCGACUAUAAAAUUUAUGCCGGCGUACCACUUUUUCAAGUAUCUUUUAAAAUUUCAAUAUUCUCGACUUUGGAUUUUACUGUAACUUUAACAUGCUGCAGAUGCAAAACUGCUUUUGAACCACACAAACGGAGCGAUUGGUAUGAGCAUGUAAAUAAGACGUAUACCAAACUAUGGAGAAAAGAAUAACUAGCACUGAGUGUGAACAGUGAAUUAAUUCACGGAUCCAUUUGAUUGUGACAGUGACGGAACUUUUGUUUUUGGAAAAUAAAUUAGCCAUCUAAACAUCGUUCUAAAAUUCAUAGUCUUUAGUUGGAUUAGUCAAUUAAGAAAGCUCGAAAAAUUGUAUUCUUUACGAUAAAUGAAUGAACGAUUGCUUAAUAAAUAAGACGAUUGCCCUUUUAGACGA